AAACCCGACCCGUUAUCAUCCCUGCUCCUCCCUCACCGUUCACCAUCUCGAAAGCGAAAAAGCCGAAGAUCCCGAUUCCCUCCAUCGCCUUCACUCUUUCCUUCGCGUCUUCCCGCUUUCCAAACCUCAUCAAUGGAGCCCUAGAACCAGAGCUCCUCCGCCAUCGUUCGAACAAGAAGAGCACCUCGGCAUGUCCCAAGAUCCCCAUGUCCCUACUCCCCGUGAUCUUCUCUGCAACGCCAUCGCCGGCGCUUCCGCUGGAGCCAUUGCGGCUACAUUCGUGUGCCCGCUUGAUGUGAUCAAGACGCGGUUCCAGGUUCAUGGCCUCCAGCGCACGCAUCUGUCCGAGAGCCAUGGGAGUAUCAUUAUUUCCAGCCUGGAAAGAAUUGUAAAAGCAGAAGGCUUCAGAGGAUUGUAUCGUGGUCUCUCUCCUACAAUUUUGGCUCUACUUCCAACCUGGGCAGUGUACUUCACUGUUUAUGAGAAGCUCAAAGGCCUACUUCACUCACAUGGUGCUGUUGAUGAAAGAAACCAGCUCUCGCUUGGUGCAAAUGUCAUUGCUGCCUCCUGUGCAGGAGCUGCAACAGCUACUGCCACCAAUCCAUUGUGGGUUGUUAAGACAAGACUUCAAACGCAAGGAAUGAGGCCUGAUGUGGUCCCUUAUACAAGCACAUAUUCUGCUUUGGGAAGAAUUUUGCGUGAAGAGGGUAUUCGAGGACUAUACAGUGGCCUUCUUCCUUCCUUGGCUGGUGUUUGCCAUGUAGCUAUUCAGUUUCCAGCGUAUGAAAGGAUCAAGUCUUACUUAGCAAAAAGAGAAAACACAACUGUGGAUAAGCUCAGUCUUAAAAAUCUGGCUAUUGCUUCAGCUUCAUCAAAGGUACUUGCAUCAACAAUGACGUAUCCCCAUGAGGUUGUGCGGUCAAGGCUGCAAGAACAAGGUCAUGCACGCAACUCUGCAAACCAUUAUACUGGUGUUGCAGAUUGCAUCAAGAAAGUCUUUCGAAAGGAGGGCUUCCCCGGCUUUUAUCGCGGUUGUGCCACAAAUUUGUUGAGAACUACUCCUGCGGCUGUUAUUACAUUCACUAGUUAUGAGAUGAUUCAAAGAUUUUUACGGCAAGUUCUUCCACCAGAACAAAAUCACUCAUGAUCACAUCCAGAAUGUGAUAACCAGAUCAAAUCCGAGAAUGCUGGAGAAAAAGAUGACACAAAUUCCCGGCCAACACAAAACCAAUUGACAGAUAAAACUCAGCAAGAUACAAUGACUUGUUGCUCCACUUUUUGAUUUGGGUUGACAAGGUGCACUUUUUUGAAUGAAAAAAAAUAAUCAUACCAACAUGUAGGAUUUCUCUGUGACAUCAGGAUGCAUGAGAGGUAAUAAGCCAUUGCCAAUUGAGAGAUUGCGACUUGACUUGAGUUUCAUUUUUUUUUUUUCUUAAUUUUGUUUCAACUGAGAUAGUUGUAUUGUUCAUCUUGAUGUAAUUUGUGAAACCUUUGAUGUGGUGUGGUGAGAAUUCCAUAUCCAUGAUCACUGGCUUUGUUAAUCAGUGAACAAGGGAAGCACGGCAUGCUGUGUUGAAGGAUAACAUGGCAUCUUAAUUUA